AUGGCAAGAAAGAUUCAAACGGUUAAUGAUGCCAUGAGAAUUUUUGAAGCGUGUAGACAAGGUAUACUUCAAAGAACUACACGUCGAUUAUUAGAAAAAGAAAAGGAAGAAUUGCGUAGUGGUCAAGUCCUUUGGUCACCUAGUCGAAUUAUUAAAGAUUUCUUAGUUUAUCGCGAAUUAUCGACACGUGAUCGAAGUGUUAAACGAGACGAACCUAUUGACGAGGGUUUACGGAGGCGAGUACAAGCUGAAGGAUUAAAAGUUCAUCAAUGUAGUAAAGGAACUUUUAUAUUAAGGAAUAAUGGAUUCUUGAAAAAAACUAUUUCCAUAAAAUUUAAUGGAACUUAUCAGCAUAUGAUUAUUUAUGAGGAUGGAAUAGAUGUAGAAACAGAUGAACUUUUACCACCGCAAGCAUUUGAAGAACUUCGUUUUAUUCAACCUGGUUUUAAUAAUAAUCCUUUUGAUGAUUUGAUGAGUUCAAUUAAUUAUAAUCAAGAUACUAUUAUUACCACUGGAACUGAAGAAAACGAAAGUUCCAAGUUUGCAAAAGUUGAUAAUAAUGGAACUGGUUUUAUUCUUAACGAUAAACCUUUUUAUAUUGUUGGAGCAAAUUAUUGGCAAGCAAUGAAUUUAGGAAUGUCAAAUAAAGGAGAAGAAAGAGAAGGAGGAAAUAGGUCAAGAGUUAUUAAAGAUUUAACAACCCUUAAAAAAUAUGGAAUUAAUUGUAUUAGAAUUAUGGCUGGUACUGAAGGUCCACCCGGAGAACCUCAAAGAAUGUAUCCCGCUUUAAUGAAUUAUCCUGGUGAAUAUGAUGAAAAAGUUUUUCAAGGUCUUGAUUGGUUUCUUGAUCAAUUGAGAAAUUUUGAAAUGACUGCAAUUAUGGGUAGUAAAGAUUUUACAGAAUUUGAAAAAUAUGCGGCAAGGUUUUAUUCGGAUCCCAAAAUUUUAGAAAUUUGUCAAAAUUAUUAUUUAAAUCAUGUAAAAACUGUAGUGAAUCGUAAAAAUACUAUAAAUGAUUCAUCAGCGGGUUAUAUUAAAUCAUUAGAUUCAAAUCAUUUGGUUACUACAGGAUCGGAAAGUAAAAAUGGGGAAGAAUGGUUUGUCACCAUGCACAAGAGUAAAAAUAUAGAUUUUUCUUGUGCUCACGUUUGGGUGGAAAAUUGGGGUUAUUAUAAUUCCGAUGAUUCAAGUAUUGAGAAUUAUCAAAUAGCUGAAAAUUUCAUGUUGAACUUUUUACAAAAUGUUAGUGAUUGGUCAAUUAAUAUUUUACAUAAACCAAUUAUACUUGAAGAAUAUGGUAAAUAA